GCCGAGCUGUGGCUGAAGCGUCGAGAUCGUCACCUUGGCAAGAGCCUCUUUCGUCGGCGCCAUCAACCAGCAGCAAUUUCAUGGUCAUGGCCAUUGCCACGGGUGCGCAUCCUCGCUCACACGCUGGGUACAGAGGAUCGUAGCACCCCGAUGUGCUCAUGUUAUGCGAAUGUAGGUCUGUCCGCCGAGUACCGGGUCCUUCCGUCCAAGUGUCCCGAGUUGACCUCACGAUGAGCGCAAUGCAUAACGUUGUGUACCAAACUCUUACCGAUGCGGUUGUGUGAUGCUCUGCAGAGCCUUUGCAAUCUCGAACGUACUGAAUAGCAAGGUCUCGAGCGAUGCUCAAGCUUAACCCUCUUCCGUUCUUCGCAAAUUGGGCAGGUCAUCCAGUGGCAUCUUUAGCUACCAUCUACGCACAUAUCAGAUCAUUGCGACCUGGGAAACCCGUUAUAUGGCUUGCGGGAGACUCUUCGCUCGACAACAAGGCGUGGGUACCUUCAGACGGUCCCGGCGGCGAGGCUUUGCCCGUGGACGUCCCAGAAAUAUACCAAGAUUUGUUCGACCCUUCGCAGCCUAAGCCAGACGUUGCCUUCUGGUUGAACCACUUGCUCGGUAGCAAAGCGACUGCCAUAAAUACGGCUGUUGAGGCCACUAUGCUGCGGGACCGUGAUACGAAGCUGCUGCCUCAUGAUGACUUCAUACGUGACAACAUUGGCGAGGGAGAUGUUCUCGUGGUCUCCGUUGGCGCCAACGAUAUUGCUCUGUCACCCAAUGCGAGCACGAUGCGUCACAUGUUCCAGCUUGCAUGGCUCACACCUCGCAGCUCAGUCGAGCGAGGCACGGCGUCUUCUCUCACUUACUUCAAGCAGAUGUUUGGUGAUCAGACAAAGGCGUACAUCGAACGCAUCAUUGAGAAGCAGAAACCACGAGCUGUUAUUGUCUGCAUGAUUUACUACCCGCUCGAGAGCUCGGUCAGCACGCAAACUAGUUGGGCGGAUGCCCAGCUGAAAAGUCUCGGUUACGGCAUGUAUCCAGGACAAUUGCAGGCCGCCAUCAAGAAGAUGUACGAGCAGGCUACCUGUGAAAUGCGGAUUGAAGGUACGACUGUCAUUCCAUGUCCGCUAUAUGAGACCAUGGACGGGAAAGUGGAGGCAGAUUACACCUCACGAGUGGAGCCCAGCGUUCAAGGUGGGCAGAAGAUGGCUGCCCUCUUCACUAAGCUGCUCGACAACGUCCUCACUGGAGCAUGAGCAGUCUCCCCGUUCCUUCGCGGGCCUUAACAAUGGCUCAUUCCCUUUGACCUAGAGACCUUGGUCUGCUACGGAGAGU